CAAUGAUUUGACUCUGCGACCGUGAGCACGCCUUAGAUUAGGCAAAGCUGCAGUUACCACUAAAUCAAGCUGUACUUUGAUAUCGAAUCAGAUGGAGUUCAUACGAUUUAUAACAGUGAUACAUUAAGUGAAUAUAUUUUUAUUUUGGUGAAAAGUUGUGAUCAAUAAGCGCUCAAAAAGACAGAUUUUAACUGGGAAAUCAGGAAUGUUUCUUCCGGUUCCCAAGAGUGCGAAAACAAAACGGAAGCAGAAUUGGCGUUGCUAGUGUUUGGUGAGGUGUCUGACGGAGAGCCACUCAUCCACCCAGGUGUGGCUUGCUGAAAGGGUUGCUGGGAGAUUGGUGCCACCGCACACCUGUCAGUGGUUAGAGGGAUCGCCAGCUGAGCAGGGGGGGGGGAAGACACCAUCCAACCUACCCCUCACAGGAGGAAGGGAGGGGGAACCAGACAGACGAAGCGCUGGGUUCCAAAGAAGAGCAAGACGGAAAACCACCACCACACUCAUCACCGCCACCACCAUCACCUCAGCCUACAAAGUCCUACAAACGUCUUAAACCCUGUCUUCGCUGAGGGAGGACCAGUGAAGGAAGACGCCCCUCUCCUGCUCCCCCUUUCCCCCCCCCACCCUUCCCCCAACUUCCAGCGCCUCGUCCUGGAGAUGAAGCUUCAGGCCGUGAUGGAGAACCUGCACAGGCAGCAGAGAGCCAAGUUGCUGAUGGAGAUGGAGCAGCAGAAGCAGCUGCAGCAGCAGGCUGCGCAGACCCAGGCGCAGCUGGAGCACAGCGGCGGAGGGACCGCCGCAGCCGGCGAAGAGCGCAUGGGCAGCCCGACGGCCGAGGCGGAGCACGCUCAGAUGGCGGCGCUUGCGGCCAUGCGUGCGGUGGCAGCUGGGCUGCAGAGGGCAGCGGACAGUCCCAUGUCGGAGCGCAGCAGCGUCGGAGACGAAGAAGACGAGGAUGACGAUGACGAACCGGAGGAGCCCUACAAGGACAUGAUGGGGUCUGAGGAGGAAGAGCAGUUAAAGCAGAAGUGGGAUGAGGAGGACUUUGAGGGGGAGAUGGAGGAAGACUACGACGACGAGCUCCCCGAACAGAAAGGCCUGCCCAUGGGCCGCGAGGCUGUGACCCCUGGCAAGGGCAUCCUGCUCCUACCGCACCGCCAGCUACACCCCCACUCCCAGGUCCUGAAGCCACGGGCGCCCCCAGGGCAGGAGCCCCGCGGGGCCGCCAUCCCCCCACAGGGUUCUCAGGGCUUGCUGGCCCCUCAGGAUCACGCAGACUGGACGUACGAAGAGCAGUUCCGUCAGCUGUAUGAGUUAGACGGGGACCCCAAACGCAAGGAGUUUCUGGAUGACCUGUUCAGCUUCAUGCAGAAGCGAGGAACACCAGUCAACCGUAUCCCCAUCAUGGCUAAGCAAGUACUUGACCUAUACAUGCUGUAUCAGCUGGUGACGGAGAAGGGUGGGCUUGUGGAGGUCAUCAACAAGAAGCUGUGGAGGGAGAUCACCAAAGGACUCAACCUGCCUACCUCAAUCACCAGUGCUGCUUUCACCCUCAGGACACAAUACAUGAAGUACCUUUACCCUUAUGAAUGUGAUAAGCGGGGGCUGAGCAAUCCCAACGAGCUCCAGGUAGCCAUCGACAGCAACCGGCGGGAGGGCCGGCGGCAGAGCUUUGGCAGCUCCCUCUUCACCUACUCUCCUAACGGCACACCCACCAUGCUCUCCUCCCCCAAGCUCUCCAUGUCUGGCAUGGGCAUGGGAGUAGGUACCAAUGGGGCAUCACUUACAACCAUCCAGAAAAUCAAGAAAGAGGAUGAGGCUGGGCAGCACUUGUCUGCGGCCGGGCGGCUCUCCGGGGCUCUGGCGGGCCACUCGGCAGCGGUGCAGGCAGCAGCCGCACAGGCAGCUAUGGCAGCACAGGUUGCCGCGCUGGAGCAGCUGCGGGACAAGCUGGAGGCGGGCGAGCCGCCGGAGAAGAAGAUGGCGAUGUCCGCCGAGGAGCAUCAGCGGCUCCUGCAGAGGGCCCUGCAGCACAACCUGCUGGCCAUGACCGCACAGAUGCCCAUGAACAUUCGCAUCAACAACCAGGAUGGCAGGCAGGACACAGCCCUCAAUCUGACCACCAACGGCAUGAGCAGCAUCAGCAUGUCUGUCGAGCUCAAUGGAGUUGUCUAUACAGGUGUACUUUUUGCCCAAGGGGCGGGCCUGUCGUCCUCCGGUGCUUCCGCGUCAGCCAGUAACAACAAAGCCUCCGGGGGGCGUGGUGUCUCCCAGUCCCUCCCACACACACCUACCUCAUCCACUUCCAGUAACCCACUGCCUUAAGUCACCUCCAACCAGUAGCGUUCUCUUUUGUUGUUGCUAAAGAAAGCCAAACAUAAACCUCAUUUUCUACAGAACCAAUGCCAAAAACAAGCAUAUACAAUGGUUACAGACAAAAACCCAGACCACUUGAAAUACACUAUCUCAGGUUUUCUCUUUAUAUUCUCUCUUUUGCUCAGAGGCCAAAAAUAUCAUAAAACGAAAGGAAAAGAUCCAGUUCACGAUAAAGAUAUAUAUAUAUAAAUAUAUGGGGAGGGAGAGAGAGCAGAGAGAGAGAGAUCUAUGUAUGCACAUCCUGUGAAUAAUUCAUUUCUGCUCCAUAUCAGCGUGAUCCGAGAUCAAAAGAGAACAAUAACCAGGAAGGGCAAUACACUGUUUACACAUUUACACAGUGACUGACUGACAAUGAAGCUUCUUAAAAGGAAACUAAUAAUUAUUAUUAUUAUUAUUAUGCAAACAUAGCAAAUUUAUUAUCCUUUUAUUUUAAUAUACAAUCAACGAAGUAACUUUGUGACCUCAUCAUGCAAUGCUCUCUCAAGUGUGCUUUGACUAUGGCUAUAUAUUUGCUUGUGUUUGUGUGUGUGUGUGUGCGCGUGUGUACGCGCACGCGGGGACGCACAUGCGCGCGCAUGAGUCUGUGCAGGCUACCUCUGAUAGAGACCCCACAUACAGACAUAUAUGUCUCUGUGAGCUGUUCCCAGCCGAGCCUGUGUGUCUUUAGUCUUUUGCGUUGCGUUUCCAUUUGGUUUUUCUUUCUUUUUUUUUUUUCUGUUUGGGUCACCUCCCAUAGGACAAACAAAGACCUUCCUAUCUGGUCUGCAUCAAAAUGCAGUUGUUUUCCCAAAAGUGCAUUUAUCGAAGAAACCUCACAUUUUUAAGAUCACAGAAGCCUACAACUCCUUAACUCCUGAUAUAUAGCAAUCCAUACCUUUUAUAUAAUUCAAACAAAAAACCUUUAGAAGAAAGGAGGCAUUUUUCGCUCAGGUACAUUUAUUUUAAAAGGCAUUAUUCAACUGUGGGUGAGGCCCAUGGCAAAAAGUUCUCAGGUAAAAUGGCCAGGGAUGGAGGGUUACUUCAUAAACUUUAGGAAGUACAAAACAUUUGACCCAGGAUGGGAGAGGAGGUCACUGACUAACCCUGUUACAGGGACAACAGGGCUUAUUAUUUUAUUCUCAUUUACUUAUUUUUUCUGAUUUUCUCUGUCUUUGGGUAUGAAAUAUUUGUACGUAGAUAUCCAUAAAUAUGAAUUUUAAUGAAUAUAUCUGUUCCUUGUAGCUUUGUAUUUGUAGCACACAUUUUUAUUAGCAAAAGUUGUUAUUAGUUGUCAUUUUCCUUGGGUUUUUUGGUUGUGUUACUCCCUUUUAUUUGCAAAAUACCAAAUAUUGAGACGUGCAAAGACAAUGACAUUUUAAAAAUCUUUUCCAAACUAUUAUUCUUGAUUUAAAAUCAACAAAAUGUUUUGAUGGCUCAAGUUUGCCCAGUUUUUAAACUUUUUCACGUUUCCAAGUCAUGCACUCUGCUGCUGGACAGAAAGUCAUAGAUUUUGACCUCCAAAGAUAGAAUGCUUUAAAUCAUGCGGUUACCUGUCCUUUGUGUACAGCUGAGGGCAGGAAUCAAUCAGUGCCAUAUAAAUUCAUUAAACAGCUGAUGGUGAUAUCCCCUUGAAGCAUGAAAUGGCAUUCAGACCCUCUUGAAUGUACCUGUAGUCUCACUCUGGGCAAGGACUCUGUGCCUGUCUGUCUACUGCAUUGAAUGACUGUUUCCAAUCCUGUUUACACCAAAAACUGCACUUGAUCAGCUUAGACUUGGUAUCAAAUCUAUAGUCAUUCUCUUGUCCUUUGCUAUCUUGUAUGUCUAUGGCUGGGCUGUUUGUGCUCUAAGCUGUGGCUUCAAAAAGGACAAUUUUGUGAAUGUAUUGAAGAAGUGUAUGGCACAGACACACAGCUCCCCUACUUAACAUGAGUACCAGAAAUCUGGGAGUACCUAGAUCUUGAGUUGUAGUCAGGAGCCACACAUAAAUGUCCUCAUAGUUGUGCGCACAUUAUCCCAACAUUAAUCAAGAACAAGACAAUCAAGUUCUGGAGAGAGCAUGUGGGGUGUGCAGACUAUCCCAUAUAUUUAUAUUUUUACAUUUCUUUUAUGUCAUUAAAACACCAGGACAGAACAGCUGUACAGAUAACUGCUGAUAGAUGGGUUUGACAACAAUUAUAAACAAAUCACAAAUUGGCUGAAAAGUUCAGGGGUUCUGCCAGAGUUUAGAGUAUAAACUGAAACAAGAUGAGUGACUUAAUGGGGCUAAAAUUAGUCAUAUAUGUUGUAUGUUCUCGGAGCUAAAUCAAAGAACAAAAGGAGAUUUGUCAUAUGCACCGUGAGUAUGUAUGUAGCCUUGAAAUUGGGUAUCACCUAAUCUGACGAACAGGCAAAACUAUUCAGUUCAGAUUUGCCAUUCAAAAUGAGCCACCACUUGUCUGCAGUUGGAGAAACUGGUCUCACUUUCAAUUACUUCUACACAUAAAACGUGAAGCAUCCAAAAUUCUUCUUAACUUUUGAAUGGUACCAUCAAAAGUAUCCUUGUGAGACACUGAGCGUGCUUCUCAUAAUAAUCAUAACCCCAAAUUCUGCUGAAUGGAUUGAGACUUCUCAGGGAAGAAUUAUUUUGUGUCAAUCAUUAAUCAGUAUAUGGAAAACAGUAAACCUUGCGGCCUUAUUUCCUGAGCCACUGCUUCUAAAAUGAGAACUACUCUACCUCAAGUGCAAGAAUUCUCUAUUUAUGGCAAUCAAAUUAGUCUCUUAACACAGCAAAAUGGCGAGCACAUCAUUCAGUUAAAAUAGAAUUGUUAAUAGAGGUCCCAUAAAGGGUGGUCAUUGUGGUUAUCAAUUGUUUGCCAUUUCGGCCCACCUGACUGCUGAUACUUCGAGCUGAAAGGAACUGGGCAAUAAAUGUAUAAUUCAAUUUACCACUUUUGGCACUGGACAGCUAUGAAGUGAACAGGGCUAACACACACCUAUGUAUCCUCUACAAAGUUUGCCUGGCCCUGAUGGAUGUUUUUGAUACUGCAGUUGUACAGUGGCCUUUACUGCACAGCUUGCAGUUCCUGUGUAGUCUUGUUUCCACAUUUCUUCACAUUAUAUUAGUACGGAUGCAUUUUAUUUAUUUUUGUCUUUAUUUUAUUGUGUCUUUUGAAAGGAAUCUAAAUUAAAUAAUCAAUCUUUACACAGAGCCUUACAACUUUAAAG